AUGACGUCACUUCAAGUAGAUAAUUCUGAUAUCACCACUUUAACAAGUUUCGAUUUUCAUCGACCUUUCGAACAAGAUAACGAAAAUGUUAUUGCGAAAUUAUUUCACCGUGUUAAGAGUUCCUUCACAAAUUCGGUUCCUUCACAUUCUACCAAGUCUAAUAAUGCAUUAUUGGAUUCUCACGAUAAUUGUUCGAUUAUUUCACCACCGUUAUCACCAAAAUUUACACCUUCUUCACCUUUAAGUUCUUCACCAUUCGAUAAAGUAAAUAAAAAUUUCUCUAUACAACUUCCUCCACCACCACCUGUUAUUAACGUGAUACCUCCUUUCUUAGAAAAUGCAAAUACUUUAACACCUCUUAUCGAUUUAGAAGAUGGGAUUCAAGAUUAUACUGAAUCAAAUUUAAUUUAUAAUAACAGUGAUAAUGAUGAAAAUGAGAAUAAUAAUAAAAAUAAUAAAGGAGAUACAUCAGAUACCCGUUCAAUUAGAUCUACUGCAUCAUUUGGUAAUAAUUAUUCCAUAAGUAAAGUUAUGAGGCGACUUCGAGGUGAAGGAGUGAAUAAAGAUCAUUGGAUGUCUGAUGAUACUUGUAAAUCAUGUUAUGAUUGUAAAGCGAAUUUUACUAUUUAUCGAAGAAAACAUCAUUGUCGUCAAAUCUUUUGUUCAAAAUGUGCAUCAAAUAUUAUUCCCGGUGAGAAAUUUAAUCAUGAAGGAUCAAUUCGCGUUUGUGAUUUCUGUAGUAGAAUAAUGAGAGAAUAUGAAGACUCUGAUCCUGGAAUGUCUGAAAAAAAAGAAUUUACUUAUCCUCCCCGUCCCCCUUCACCUGAUACUCUUUCAUUAAAUGAUGGAAUUAAGAAAAUCAUUUCUGUUGCUAGUUCUUCUUUAUUUAUGUCAAGAUCAAGAUCAAAUACUAUAACUGAAGAACCACAACAUCCUUCUUCUUCUUCAUCUACCAAUGGUUUACCUACUCCUCCUGUUCCUUUUCGACAAGUUUUAAUUUCUGAAUAUGCUGGAAGUGAUGAUGAAUUUGAAUUUGAUCCUAGAUUAAAAAGUAUUCAUAAGCAACGUCCUCCUCCUCCUUCAAGUUUUUCUUCUAAUUCUUCAAUUACAAGAAGAUUAAGUCAUACUCAUCCAAUUAGAAUGAGUAGAAGUUAUCUUAGACCAAUUACCACAAAUAUAAUGCAACCAAUUGAAGGUUCCGAUUCAAGACCUUCUUCUCCUUUUAGGCAUGUUCGAACUGCUUCUUUACCUGUAAAAGUUGAAAUUAAUACUGCUUCACAACAACAUAUGAGAAAAUUGUUAAGGCAAUUCUUACGUGAAUCGGAAAUUGAUUUAUCUGAAGGAUGGGAAGAAGUAAUAAUGAAAUUAAUGAUAGAAGUUUCAAAUAAUCUUAAUCCUAAUGUUCGUAAUGGGGAUGAUAUUGAUAUAAGGCAUUAUGUCAAAAUAAAAAAAAUUCCUGGUGGAACUCCCAAAGAUUCCGAAUAUGUUCAUGGAGUUGUUUGCGCAAAAAAUUUGGCUCACAAAAAAAUGCCAAGAAUACUUCAUAAUCCUAAAAUUCUAAUUUUAACAUUUGCAUUGGAAUAUCAUCGGAUUGAAAAUCAACUUAUGUCCUUAGAACCUGUAAUAGCUCAAGAAGAACAACAUUUACGUAAUCUCGUUAAUCGUAUUUCCGCGUUCGCUCCUAAUUUGGUCUUGGUAGAAAAAACCGUUGCACGUAAAGCUUUACAAUUCUUAUUAGAAAAAAAAAUCGCGGUGGCAAUAAAUGUUAAACCUUCGGUAAUUGAAGCCGUAGCAAGAUGUGCUCGAGCUGAUAUCAUUCCUUCAAUCGACAUCGCUUUAGCUCCUAACCUAGGAGAGUGUGGAGCAUUCUCAGUUAAAACAUUUGUACAUCAACUUAUUCCAGGAAGAAGAAAAACUUAUUUAUUUUUUGAAAAUUGUCCAAAAAAAUUAGGAUGUACUAUAGUCAUAAGAGGUGGUGAUUUAGAAACUCUCAAAAAGAUUAAACGUAUUACGGAUUUAAUGGUUUUCGUAGUUUAUAAUUUGAAAUUAGAAUCUUCUCUUAUAUCCGAUCAAUACUCAAAUUUUCCUCUCAUUAUUCAAUCAAAUGAUAAAAAUGAGAAUGAAAAAAAUGUUAAUGAAGAUGCCAUUUUGAAACCUUAUCAAUCUACCAUUUUAUCAGUUUCCCCAUUUAUAAAAUUCCCUCCUCCUUAUCUAUUAACAAAAAUGAAACAAGCCGAACAAAGACUUAAAGAAUUAAGUCUCAAACGGAAUGGUUUGAGUGGUGGAUUUAAAGAUAACGAAAAGACUCAUUCAUCAUCUUCAUCUAUUAAUGGUAUUUUACGUACUCCCGAACAAGUUGUUGCCGAAGGAGAAUUUUGUGAAUCUAUUCAUGAACAAAUGCUUCAAACUAGAGCUUGGGAAAAUUAUACAUAUAACAAUGUUGUUAGUCCUUACGCUCAUCAAAAUAUAGCUGUUCUAUUUACUAAAAUUUGUAUCGAAACAAAAGAACCUUGUAAUGGUCCAGAGAUUUUACUUAUGGAAUAUUAUCGGGAAUCGGAUCGUACUUUAGGACAAUAUCUUGAAGAAACUUUUUCACGAUCUUCAUAUCUUUGUCGUACCUGCGAGCGUCCUAUGAUCUUACAUUAUCAUGUUUUUUGUCAUGGAAAUGCUAGAAUUAUUGCUUCGAUUGAAGAAACCGAUGUAUCUCAAUUAGUUAUUGAACCUAAUAUUUAUCUUUUAACUCAUUGUAAAAAAUGUAAUCUUUCAACUGAUUUGGCACCAAUGUCAGAUGAAACAUGGAAAUAUUCAUUUGGAAAAUAUCUUGAAUUAUCAUUUUAUCAAACACAAUUGAAAAGUCAAUUGGAAAAUUGUACUCAUGAUGUUUUUCGAGAACAUGAAUUAUUAUUUCAUUUUAAUGGACUUGUAAUAAGAUUUGAAUAUGAACCAAUUGAACUUUUAGAAAUUUUCCCACCCCCAAUGACCUUAUAUACUAAACCGGAAGUACAUAUUCGUUUAAAGAAUCAAGAUUUAGAUGAUAUUCGUAACAAGAUUACAAAUUAUUGGGAUUCUGUUACAGAUCGAAUUAAAAAUUUCAAUUAUGAUAUUGUUCAAACGGAUAAAGUUGAAGGGUGUAAACAAGAAUUACUUGAAAUGUCUCGAAGAGUUGUUACUGAGAAAAAUCUUAUGCUUCAGAAACUUAAACAGACCUAUAUUAAUAGUACUCCAGAAGAUUCAUUAGCAUUAAAUAAUGUUAUGUAUUUACUUCAAGAAAAGGUUGUGGCUUGGGAUAAAGAUUUUAAUGAAUUUGCUCGACAUUAUUUCCCUCGUCUUACUGCGGGACAAUUAGCAAGAUUUUUCGUAGAUAAUCAUGAAGUGAUCACAUUAGGACGAGGACAUUCAGGAACACUGUUAAAUGAUUUACCAUUAAUUAAUAUGGAUUUUGAUACUGGAGCAAAUUCGGAAAAACUUGAUGAAGAAGGAUAUGGUCCAACAAUAUUUCCAAAAUUAGGAAGUUCACCUAUGGAGGAUUUCAUUCGUGAUCAAUUUAAAGAUCUCGAUUAUUAUCAAGAUGAUAAAAUUGAAAGCCUUGAGAAUGAUAUUGAAAAGGCGAAUUCACAAAUGUCCAUGUUUCCAUUUAUGGAUCCAAAAGUUUCUCGACGAUUAUCAAUGAAAUGGAUGAAAGAAUCAAAAAAUGGUCGAAGACAAAAAAAGAACAAUCGUACGACAUCCGAAGCUAUAUUUACUUCAAUAAUUGAUAAGACGGAAGAAUCUAUAGAUUAUUCACAAUAUCCAGAAACUAUACCCCGUCUAUUACCAACAACGGUAAGACAAAGAUCUUCAAGAUUGGCACCGAAAGGAUUACCAUCAUUCGAAAAACCUAGUGAAUCCGAAAGAAAUCAAUUAGUAAUACAAAAUAGAUCAAAUCGUCCACCAAAUUCUAGACCUACUCGUUUACCAUUUGUACCUGAAAAAGAUAAUAAUGUAACUUUGAAAUUGUCAACUCUAAAGAGAAAUCAAAAUAUUCCUUUUGAAAGGUCCGCGAUACCUCGAUCAUCAAGUUCAAGGCAAUUUAAAUUAACGAAAAAUCCCGUGGAUAAUUAUGGUCUUAGUCCACUUCGAACUCACGAAAAUAGUAGUAGUCGUCGUAGAAUGUCAGGACUUCGUAAACAAAAACGUACAAAAAAAACUGUUCUUCCUACAAAACCAACUAUUGAAGUAUUUAAUAACUCCGAGGCGGCAACUGCGGAAGAAUCGGAUGAAGAAGAAUUUGGUGAAAGCGCAGAUGAUGAACAUGACACUAAUUCCGAUGAUGAAAUUAAAUUUUUUUCUUUAAAUAGUACUGAUGCAUUUGAUGAGUCAUUAGGAAAUGAAGAAUUUUUCCCAUUACCCGGUCGUGAACCAUUAAAUGAAUCUUAUAUGUAUCAUUCCGCGUUGGCGUUUUUAGGUCAAGACUUAAAUGAACCAACAGCUCCAGUAACUUAUCCACAAGAUACUUUUAAUGGAACAGGGAGAGUUAUACCAUUGGUUAGGUCGCUCGCGAAUCUUUGGACGGAUAAAAAACAUUUAAAUCCUUUGGAUUAUCCUUUAAAUCAAACCGAGCACGUAUUUCCUGAUUCCUCGAUAAUUGUAAGAGAGGAUGAACCAAGUUCCAUAAUUGCUUUUUCUUUAAGCUCUCACGAGUAUUUAGAAAAAUUGAAAAGCAUGCAACCAUCUUACCAGAAAAAUGAAGCGUUCAUGCCGGAUGAAGAUCGUAGAGGUGCCAACGUUUCCAAUUGGGGACUUCUUGACGCGGACGAAAAUAACGAUGCAGAGGAUGGUUUAAUAUCUCACAUGAAAUAUCAAUUUUCUGGUGGAUCAACCCACCUUUUCUGUAAAAUAUUUUGUGCCGAGCAAUUUGAUAAUCUUCGAAGAAAGUGUGGCUGUGAAAGUACAUAUAUUCAAUCAUUAGCACGAUGUGUGAAAUGGGAUUCUUCUGGUGGAAAAUCUGGAUCGGCAUUCUUAAAAACUCGAGAUGAUCGUCUGGUUAUGAAGCAAAUUUCACGACAUGAAGUCGAUGCAUUUGUGAAAUUUGCUCCUAGAUAUUUUGAAUACAUGACUAACGCAUUAAUUGAUGUUAGUUUAUGA